CAUUCCAUUCUCCUUCCCACCAUUCAACCAACCAACCUGCAGCUGCUCAAGAACACCUCACUCCAAUCAGCAGCAAUGGAGGAUCAUCAGGGUGGCGGUGUAGGCAGGGCGAGCAACAAGAUCAGGGACAUCGUGAGGCUGCAGCAGCUGCUCAAGAGGUGGAAGAAGCUGGCGACCAUGGCGCCGGGGGGGAGGAGCGGCGUGCCCAAGGGGUCGUUCGCGGUGUACGUCGGCGAGGAGAUGCGGCGGUUCGUGAUCCCGACGGAGUACCUCGGCCACUGGGCGUUCGAGCGGCUGCUCCGCGACGCCGAGGAGGAGUUCGGCUUCCGCCACCAGGGCGCCCUCCGGAUCCCCUGCGACGUCGCCGCCUUCGAGGCCACCCUCCGCCUCGUCGCCGCCGGCAACGGCAACGCCAAGGCCAAGGACGACGCCGCCGCCAUGUGCUCCUGCUCCUCCGACACCGAGAUCUUGUGCAGAUGAUGAUGAUCAACACCAUUUCGCCAUUUGUGUGUGCGUGUGUGUUUUCCUCUCUCUCCUUUCUUGCGUUCGUUCGUUCCUUCUCGCUUUCUUUCUUCGCGGCUACUUUUUUUUUGCUGAAGAAAGGAGAAGAGGUUGGCUGCAAUGCGAUGCAAUGCAACAGACUGAGAGUCAGAGACAGUAAUUGAUGAUGAGAUAUGUAAAAUUUUAUGGUUUGUACAAGGGGAGGAGAUGAAGGAUUCAUUCUUCACUGCAAUGAUCUAAUGCAAACUUUAGGCUACUAAUUUAUAUAUUUGUGUCACAGAGUA